AUGCUAAUUGCUGAUAGCUUACUUAUUCAUAUACAAUCCUAUUUAAUUUCAAACUAUAAUUAUUUGAUAAUAGCACUAUCACUAACAUGCUUUCAUGGAAUUGUUUUAACAUCUGAACAUUUUUUAAAGGGCAAAAAUAAAUUAUUUAAUGUACUUUUUAACGCAUUUAAAGGAGUAGCUCAAAUCAUCGUUCACUAUUUAUUGGAGUAAAACUGGUUAAUUUUUGCUGGAAUAUAAUUAGUUUGCCUUAUUAAACAGGAUGCUCUACAUGUAAAUUAUGUUUCUUCUAUUUUUUUCAUUACUUAAAUAUUUUGCGUAGCCUUUAGCAAAAAAGAUUUCAUUAUUAUAGGGGUUAUUAGAACUGUAUUUAAUUAUUUGUUUAUAAAUCAAAUUUUUAGGAUUGAAAAGCAAAAUAAAUUAAUUUAAUUAGAAAACCUUCUUAAACAUAUAUAGCAUGAUGAAUUUUGUUUGCUGGAUAGCAAUUUCAAUCCUAUAUUUUAAUAAUAAUUUUUUAAUGAAUUAAAAGGAGAACAUGUAGUUGGAGGAUAGGAAUUCAAUAAUUAGACAAGAAUAAUAACUCCUAGAGAUAACACUACUAAUUUAAUCAGGGAUAUUGCAUCAAAUUUUGAAGAUGAAAUGAAACAAACCUUGUCUAUUUAAGAGAUUCUGUAUCAUCUUAAAAAGAGCAAAGUUCAUUUGAAAAAAAAGUUAUAUUAUUAAUUGAACAACCAAAACUAUAAUAUCUCCAUAGAGAAUAUUCUUUUGGAUGAUUAUAACUCCAUUGUUAUGAUUUAAAAAAAUAAACAAUUUGAUAAUUCACAAUCUAGCAAUAAAGUCAAUUUUAUGAUUAAAACUGUUCGAAAGGUUUCUCAUGAUAUGAGAAAUCCUUUGAAUGCAAUAAUUAAUAUGUAAAUGUGUUUAAAAGAUUAUAUUGAUUAAGAAUUAGUUUUAAAAUAUCUUAAACCUUCUCUAAAUUCUUGCCAUUUGUUACUUAAUCUUAUUAAUGACAUCUUAGAUUAAGCUUAAGUUGAGAAUAAAAAGUUAAAAUUAGUUUACAAAAAAUUCAAUCUGGAAAAGUUAAUUUGCAAAACUAUUUCAAUAUUUGAUUCACUAAAGGAUAAGAAAGAUAUUAAUAUUACAUUUAACUAUGACUCAAAAUUACCAAUAUUGGUAAAUUCUGAUAAGUUUCGAAUCAGAUAAAUCAUUAUGAAUUUACUUAGCAAUGCUAUUAAAUACACAAGACCAAGUGGGGAAGUCUAUAUUGAUUGCACAGAAAGUUCUCAGAAAAAGAAUUUCAUCAGAAUUAGUAUCUAAGACACAGGUUAUGGAAUCAAACCAGAAAAUUUGUAAUACUUAUUUAAAGAGUAUUCUAAAAUUGAAGAUGGUGAAAAUUAAAAUUUAAAUCCUUUCGGCGUAGGCUUAGGAUUGAUGAUCAGUAAUGAAUUAGCAAAACUAUUAUCUAAUAAUGGCAUUUAAGUUUAAUCGGAAUUUGGAAGAGGGUCCAAGUUUUAUUUUGAAAUAGAAAACAAAUAACUUCCGCCUGAAGAUAUUUCAGAAUCGUAAUUGUUAAUAAAUCAUCAAAAUGGUUUGCCUUCUUUGGAUGUACAUUUUUUUACUGGGCUUAAUUCAUAAAAAUCUCCAACAAUUUCAUUAGCUUUGCCUCAGGUUGAAAGUAGCAAGAAAAUCAUUUUAAAAAAGUCCUAGAAAACUAUUACUCUGAUGAAUAAUUCUGUCAAUAACUUAACAAAGAAUAAAGGAAAAAGUGAUGAAAAAAGCAUUGCAAGAAAAUCUUCAUUGUCUGCAAAACAAGUGGAGGCUUUAAUUUAGAAAUGGUAUAGAAGUACCAAUUAUAAACCUCCAGUUUUAAUUGUAGAUGAUGAUGAAAUCAACAUUCUCGUUUUACAGUACUUAUUAGAAUAAAUGGAUAUAAGUUCGGAUUCAGCUAUGAAUGGAAUGACUUGUCUGUAGAAAUUCGUAGAGAGAUAGAAUGAAGGUAUCUCCUAUCAAUUGGUAUUUUUGGAUAUCAAUAUGCCUGUCAUGGAUGGGUAUGAGUUGGCCAAAAAAUUGAUUUAAAUUGAUCCUCUUAUUAUACUAAUUGCUUGUUCGGGUGAUGCAUCCGAUUAAAAUUAAUUAGAACAUUGUAAAUAAUCUGGAAUACUUGGUUGUAUUCUUAAACCAAUCCUCAAAAAUAAUUUAAAAGAAUUACUAGUCAAACUAUCUGAAGGAAUCAAACAUGAUAGUUAAUAAUUUUCAUAUUAUUGCUGA